UUCAGUUCAGCUUUGUUUCAUCUGAGAGGAAACCAAAGAGCAGAGAGGACUGAGAGUGUGAAGCCACACAGUUUAUUUAUUCUCUGACCUCAGAUCAUCGAGCAGCAGCAUGGAGGAAACAUCUCUACUGAGGCUGAUCUCUCUGAUCUCUCUGCUGAGCCGCAGCUCAGCUGGUCUGACUGUGAGUCCCAGCAGAUCUCAGUUCUUCAGAGGAGAAUCAGUGACUCUGAUCUGUGAGGAUGAAAUCAGAUCUGAUGGAUGGACUGUGAGGAGAAACACAACCAGAGGAACCAGGACUGAGUGUGGAGAUAAAUGGGGAGAAGCUGAUGGUUCUACCUGUAACAUCACCUUGUUCCCAUAUGAUACUGGUUUAUACUGGUGUGAGUCCAUGUCUGGAUCCUCCAGCAGCAGCAGCAGCAUCCAGCUCUCUGUCUCUGGUGGAUCAGUGAUCCUGCAGAGUCCUGUCCUCCCUGUGAUGGAGGGAGAUGACGUCACUCUGAGCUGCAGAGCAAAGAAUCCAACCCACAACCUCCCAGCUGCUUUCUUUAAAAAUGGCGUCUUCAUCGGCAACGAGUCAUCAGGUCACAUGACCCUCCUCCAUGUUUCCAGCUCUGAUGACGGCCUCUAUAAAUGUAAUGUCAAAGGUCAUGGAGAGUCUCCAUCCAGCAGGAUCUCUGUCAAAGGUCAGAGAAAAACCUUCAACUUUAGCUCCGCCCACUUCUCCACCUCCUGCCUCCCUCCUGGUCCGGCUGGUCUGCCACCUGCUGGUCUUCUGUCCGUACUGCAUCUCCACUUUCCUCAUGGUGUCUUUAUAUGGACACAGGGUCAAAGGUAAAACAAUGACACAUUCACUGACCUGAAGUCAGAAUUUAUCUUUAUUUUUCAACUUCCUCUGACUGCAGGAAGUGACUCUUCAGUCUCCAUGGUGAUGACCCCACCCAGCCAGGCUGAACAGGGAUUGGACAAUGAUUAUGAUGAUGUCACCACAGAGCAUCACUUGUGAAAUGAACAGAUUUUAUCAUAGAUGCUCUAUGAGCAGCUGUUCCUCUCUCUGUGACCCAAAUUAAUCUGACCGCUCCCAGUUGUCCACAGAAUUUAAGAGUCUCUGUUAAUUCUUGUUGUUUUAUUGAAGCUAC